AUGGAGUUCCCCACUUCCAGUCAGCCAAUCGACCCGCCUUUGCAGUAUGUCUCCGAUCCCGACAGCUCCCCUCCAUCGUCGCCCGACUCGCAUUGGCAAGCUAAACUUAUAAGGCGGUUUACUUCUCGUGGCGCGACAAAAGGGAGAUCAAACAGUUCCAACACGUCGUUGAGGAUUGACUCCGGCUGUAGCGACAGUAGGAUCCGACGGUACUCUAUGGGUAAUGUGUCGACCUCAUCCGCCCAGAAUCGCAAGGAAGGGAAAGGGACAAAGCGUGCGAGGGCGAAGACUACCGUAGACCAGCAUGCAGGAGCAAGUCCUCGAACCCCAAACAGUCCUCAGAGCCCUCAUGCAUCCAAAAACGCUGGCGUCACUUUCGAUGCACAGGGCGGGAUAGCGUAUAACACCGCUUCGAUCGGUUCUUCACCGUCGCUCGAGCAGCGAGCUUCCGGCACAUCUGAACACACUAUCACCCCGACCAAUAUGUCUGGCCAAGCUCGAGCCCCUGGCCCAAUGCUAGGGGGCUAUUCAAACCUGGAUCCAGAGGCUCUCGCAGGUUUACUUCCUCCCUCUCCACACCAGCCUUCCUCUUCCUCGCCCACGGCGGCGCGUGUUCCUUCGGGUGUCAAUCAGCCAAACGCUAUCCGUCACUCCGAGCCUCACAUCACGCCCAACAAUUCACCAUCUGCACGAGGUGCUGAGAUGGGCGUUGUAGAACGGACCAGGAGUUCUACAGUAGGGAAUGACUCUCGCCCAUAUACAAGUAUAGGACGGAAUGGGUCUCUUCGUGCAAAGCAGGGGCGUGCCGGAAGCCCUCUUAUUAAUUCUUAUACCGGCGACCCUUCUGCCCCAGUUCCAGAGGCUCUUGUCUCGCCCAGGACUCCGACAUUUCAAGAUCCUUUCGAUGCUUACGUCUUACCGCCUGCUGCAGAUCCUCAAGGCGAUCAAGCGCAAGAGCAGUCGCGCCACCUCCGUGGUUCCACGACAGGAAAAGUCCGAGGCGUAGGCGGUUCUCCUGUCCAAGGUCGGAAGAAGGGUCAAGGGAUAGGCAUGCAAACAUCUCGGAGCAUAGAGGUUGACCCCAUCUUCAUGUCUUCGCCCGGGAAAGGAUCUCAGUUGACUCCCAACAGUCCACCUAGUUUCAUCAAUCGUCGAGGAAGCAUCGCUGGUCCAGCACCAGCCCAUAUUACGCACGUCAAGUCCAGUUCUAACCUCGGUGGAGGCGGAAAGGGUCUAGGGAUAGGCUGCGUCGGGUCGGCUGACAGAAACAUUGUGUCCCACUAUGAAUCGAACGCGGUCCAAGUCGACAGCACGUACAAGGACGAAACCCUCACGUAUAGUGCAAGCAGGAGCGCCACAAUGGAGUAUAGGCGUAAUGAUGGUAGUCCCAAUUUGCGUCCAGUUCUACCAACCCAGACAAAGCACAUAGGGGAGGCACUGGGUCAAAGUGUUGUCAAGACAGAAGCUCUAAUGAUGAACGCCCACAUGCAAGAGCUAGAAACCAUGAAAGGGAAGGCUUUGGAAGAAGAGCAAGACGCUCAUGCCGCCUAUGACAAUGCGUACUUUGAUCUCUUGACUGCCCAGGCACAUUUUAUGGAGGCGCAAGCAAGCUUGAACAUUGCGAAAGCGAAGCUAGAGACGAGCAUUAUGAUCGUGGAUGUGUGUGUAGACAACGCUGUAAACGCAGUCGGGGCGGUGGGGCGGUGGAGAUCGAAGAUCGACGCUAGCGAGAAACUGAGGCACUAG